CUAGCGCAGUCUUUAUUUUCUUUUCUCCAACUCUCUCAUUGAGCAAUUGAGCAUUCUCCGGCCCUGGUGAAGAGUGUCUUUCCUUUAGCCAUCCUUGUGACCGUGCUCAUUCUUUGAUUUUUUUUAAUUUUUUAAUUUUUUUUUAUCUUCACUUAGAUGUUUGCUGUGCGAUGUGUGAGGUCGCGGCCUCUGUGGCUCACAUGCAGGAUCUCAACUCUCCCGGGAAAACAAUUUCAUUCUUCCCCUCCCCACACCGCCGCCAGAGCCCCUUCAACCUGGAAAACAAUACAUGGCCGUCAGAAGGAAGAUAGAUAUCAGUCAGCCCAUAGCUCUAUCCGCAUGACGGAAGAUGAAGCGGAAGCAUUGGUUGCUAAUCUCCCUCGUGCUCUGUUCGAAUCCGCCCUCUCAAGCUUCAUGGGGGGCGCAACUAUAGAUGCAGCUAUGCACCUGGCUGGAACGCUCAUAAGACUCGCCGUACCGUGUAGUGCAAAGCACGGGAGCGAGAUAUUCGAGCGAGGUGAUGAACGGUGCAUGUCGUCUAGGCUUUCCUUCAUCCUUUCGAAACAUCCCGACUACCGCGCCGUAGCAAAUUGGCUAUUGUAUCGGCUAGCAGAGUCGAAAGAACCGUUCGCCGUUCUCUACGUUAUUAACCAGCAAUUCACAGCAGGUACCCCUCUCAAAAGAAGCGUUUUGAUGACUUACCUAGAAGAAUUUGCUCAACGGCAUCUUCUGGACGCAAUGGUACUCUACGGGCGCAUUUUACAUGAGAGGUAUGGCCGCACCGAGGAGGCACUUACCCUUUGGACAAAGGCGAUGGAGAUCUCAGUACCCAAUCAGACACAAGUCGGCCACAUAGAUGAAGACCCAUACAGUGUUCUUGGUAUCCCUCAAGCCUGGGAGAUGUAUGCAGCAGUGAAGAUUUCUCAGGGGGAUAUCCAGGGAAGUUUUGAGGCGGUGGUGGCAGGAGCGUCCCUACUCGACCAUCCCGUGGCCUACCAGUAUCUUGCAAAGAUGGUCGGCAACGAAGGCCAUCUGGACCGAUAUGAAGAAUACAUGACGAAAGCGGCUAUGGACUGCAAUGCUGAAGCAUGUCAUGACCUGGGAAGUUUUUACCUGGAGCUACACUAUUCUGGGAAAAGGCGGGAUAAACCCCCCAAACCUUCAGGGGACAAGGAUACUUCUCCCAAAGACCUCGUUGCGCGGAAAUACACGAACGACCAACUUCGCCAACUGGCCAUGGAUUGGUUCGAAGUUGCUAGUACCGGUGGCUGGGGCCCAUCAGCUCUCAUCAUGUCCUGUCUUUUACGUGAGGAAGGAAAUGCUCACAAAGGAUUACGCUACUUAGAGAUCGCAGAAAAUGACGAAAAAUCCGCGUCAAAGGCGAAGGAAAUACGACAUAUAUAUCUUGGCAAAACUUUUGAAUUGAACAUUGAGAAAGAGAGAGAGAUCUUUACAAAACAGUUUGCACAGUUCGACUAAAGAAAUGCGCUUAUCAUACCCAUUUCUUUUUCCUUACAUUUGAUGUGCUAAAUAGUUUGUCCAUUGGAAUUUAAUUCCAUUGCGCCGAGUAUGGUUUUGGGCAACUGUACGAGCGCCAAACGGAGUCGAAAACAAGCGACAGAUGUCCGCCCUGGACAACUAAAGCAAUGCCGGAGCUUGCCAAAAAACUUAAAAUAAUAGACAUUGUUCAGAGGCGCCAUCUUUUCCAUGGCAUUUUUAAAAAUGUGCGAAUGUAUGUACAUGUACAGAAUCAUAUAUUUUGUGCUGGCGCAAAACUAGGGAAACAAAGUAUACCCGAAGAGUUGGAGGAACAAAAAAAAAUCCUUGAUAGUCACCAAUUUUCUUCUCUUCUCUUAUGUUCUCCGCCUGUUUGUACUUCUGCGAGAAUUACGUUUCUCGGCCAAACUCAAGCUGUUACAGAUCCGAAAGUAACAAUUUGCCGAGUAAACCAGUCAGCCACAAACAGGAUCGAUAUUGUCCUCGCUAGUACUCUGUACCGUUCUUUUCUGCCGCGACCCCCGUUCCUUUUCCCGCAUUUUAAUGCCGAUGGCUCCCAAAUCCUUUAGUCUUAUUGCCAAAUAAGGGGUUGGUCUCAUCCCAGGAAAAUCUUUCGCCGCGAACACCUGAAAAGAUUGAGACCAGACCUCAUGAAGGCACGGGGAGAUCCCCAAUUUCUCAGUUUCUUGGACAUCUACUAGCCGAAACCGUAGCCGAUACCAGCCUGCGGUACGCACGCAGAGAUCGGAGAAUAUGAAGAAGGUUGCAGGAACAUCCUGUGGAGCGUCUGAAGAUGGUAGAAUUCGUGGCGGGCGCAUAAGAGUAGUACCUGAACUUUGCUCUCGGCUCGCCAUUGAACGUGGGUGUUCGGGUGCAUUUGCCAGAUCGGGAUCUACGCCGACUAGGAAUGGACUCGCACAUGUGCUGCCAGACAGAAUUUUGCCCCGUUGUCUAUUUGUCGGGUUGCUACCACCGUCACUGUUAACGGCUCCAGUCUCGCUUGGUUCCAAAAAGCACCCAGCAUUGCUUUGUGACCGGAUUUGCGGUUCAGGAUUCACUCCAUGCGGUUGGCUGGCCGGAAAUAGAUGACAGACGACAACGUGUUGCGGGUUUGUGAGCUGCUUCAUAUCUUCCUCAGAAUGGGGGGAGAAAUCGAUCAUUAGAAGCUGGAUGACCGGGAGCGGAUCAAUAGGUCUUCGGGACUUAUUUCCAAACCCGCAGGCACGAGCGGCAAUGGGUUCUUGCCGCACAAAUAAGCGGAGGCGCGAGCGUAUGUUUGAGUCUAUUUCUGAUGCUGGUUGUGGCGGUGGUGGCUGGUGUAGUAGGUGCCUGAAGCCAGAUGGCACGGAAGCAGUCAUGGUAGCGCCGUGUUGUGCAGAUGGAAUAAUUGAAUUUGGAGGCAGCGUUCUCGAACGUAUCGUGAAGCUUCACUAUUGAUAACAAGUUGAUUAUUAGAAUGGUGGGCGUUUUAUAUCGGCACAUGGACGGUCAAAAAUUUCACCGCUUUCGCUCAUUUCCUAUUACUCUCUGGUUGGCUAGCAACAAUGGCCCCUAGUCUGGUAUAAGGGAUGUGUGGCACUGCAGACGACAUAUCUACCCGUCGAGGCGUUGAUACUGGAAGAUAAGGAGGCUGGAACGGGUAUUCCGGCCAUUCCGGAGGAUUGAAUGAAUAGGAAGGUCGAAAUAGGUGUUCCAUUGGCGAGUAAACCACGCUGUGUAACCAUUGAGUGAUCAUAGCAAGGGAAGCUCAUACUAAACAAUGACAGGGGGUGCGAAAAUUCCGAAUCUGCUGACGAUGUGCGGGUUGGGGGUCUGUGGGUGGGUAUAGCGGUAUUCCGGAGAAUAUUCUGACCUAUUGGUACCAGCUGGCGUUCUGCCCUGCGCAGGAUCCAUUCUUGGGAUUGAGAAGCAGAGACGGGUAAUGAGGACGAUAGAAUGUACUAUGCCUUACCUUGGUUCGACUCUGGUUUCCUCCGGGGACUGACGGUAUGACAAUGCAUUCGUCGCUUUCAGUGAGCGAGUCCGCAUUCGGGUUUCAUGCAGUGUCUGAAGUGGGCUGAGAAUGGAUACCACCUGGGUACAGCUGUCGGGUCACCAAAGCUGGGGUUUAAGUGUGAUAAGGACUUUCUUUUAUAUACAGGAUAAUAGAUCCCAAUCUUGGAUUUCCGCACGUGUUACUUGUAAAAUAUACAUCAUGCCGGAUUCGAACUCCAAUCGCGAUAAAAUCAACAAAGACAUAAUGAUAGUAAUAUCAAUAAUAUUAAGCAAACUGGAGUAAGCCUAUCCUCAUCCCGUCCAUGCCGACAUCGGUUGGAAGGCUGAGCAACUAUUAAAAUGGAAUAUGACGGGAGCAUCUCAGCUGGAUUCAUAUGCAUGCACCUCCAAAGCUAAACACGAGCUGGUGGGUCUGAGCCAAAGGAGCACGGUGAAGUUGCGGGAGAUCAUAUGAAGGCCGAAUCAUCGAUACCGAAUAGCUAGGCAACAUCAUCUCAACGAAUAAGGCAGAAGAACGGUAGCCUCUUCGGCGUCUUCGCUCACCACUGUUAGCCAUUCUCGUUAGGUUCGAUCGAUCUGGAAAGUCAAAGAAGUCUAGCACUCGUUAACUAUAUCUUAGCUCCGAAUUCCCUUUCCUUUUUUGCUUUUUUUCCUGUCAGUCACCAAGUCUAUAGAGUACUUCCCGAGUAGAUAGUUAUUGUGGUAGACCUCAUUUUAGGUUAAGGCGACGGUACCUUGAUGAUGAAUUUAGUUGGCAGGAGCUGGUCCACAGCUACAUAAGUACGGAGUGGUGUGCAUCGAUAUGACAUAUGGAGAUAGUCAAACUCUGGCUAUCUCUCGAAGUCACUCUGGAGGGAAGGUCGGGGCGGAGGACCCGCGCUCCGAAAUAGCAAAAAGAAGUAUAACCAAUGUAGCGAGAGUUAAAUAGCUGAUCCAAGGCGGUGGUUGCUUCGCGGAAUCUCUGAGUGCUAUUCA